ACCCACCCAAAGCAACGCACCCGCCGCUCCACCCUGCCCGUUCUGCUGUUCUCUCGCCUCGCCCUCGCCUCCCUUCCCAGUUCCCUCUCUUGUCCUUCUCUCCACUACGAACCUCAUCCCACCACCAUCACCUCCCGACCGCCGAUAUCCCUCGUCGCAAGCAUCUCGCCCCUUGCCGACUCCUCCUCUUCACUCUCUUACUUUUCUUCUCACGAUCCGGUUCGGGUGACUUUUGUAUUAUUUUUCCCUCCUUCGUUUCAGUGCUUUGUCCGAGACCGCCUUUCCAUGAUACGACGCCUUUCCGUCGAGAUUUCCAAACUGACGACCCUGACGAUCUCCCUCGCGCAAAUUACCUUCCGAUACCCAGCAUAAUCCGCUUGUGCCAGUAACAUCCUUCGACGAGUUGCUAUCCACUUGUUUUUAGCUCCAAGCGCACAGAGAAACGCCCGCCGACCCCCUGCUCUCGUUUCGAUUUCACGACACGCCCAGGCACCAGCCUCGCUUUCGCCCUUCUCGACUUGGACCUGUCGCCUCUUGAUAGGAGACAAACCAUCUCUGUAUGGGUCGAGCCUGAGUGCAUACUGCGAAAUCACCCCGUCGUAUUUUCCGGCUUGCGCGGCGGAAACCCUCCAUCGCCGCAUCGAUCUCGACGGCGCGACGUGUUUCAGCACCUUGGCCAAACUGGUCACCUUGCGGCGUUUGCCUCGCCCACGUCGUUCACACCCACGUCAGACUUGAUUUAUCUACUAUAACGACCAAAUACGACGCGACAACACCCUCAAAAGAAAACCUCUGGCCAUGGCAGGCAACAUGCAACACAUGGGCGCUGCCGGCCAAAUGAUGGCUCAGCAACAGCAACAGCAGCAGAUGAGGGGCAACAACAACCGACAGCUCCAGCAGCAUGUCUAUCAAUUUCUAGCUCAAAACACGCCGCCAUUUAAUGGUAUGGCCUGGCAAGCCAGCGUUGUCAUCAGCGAUCGCAUGGGCAAAAUUGUCGAACUGAUUACAAAUAUUAGCUUGGCUAUGAACAACGUUGAUUUGAUGCAAGCUGCAGAGGUUGGUUGCCAGUUUGAGAGGCAAAUCUUCCUCAAGGCUGGCAGCAGGGAGGAGUACAACACAACCAUGCAGAAUAAGAUUCUCGAAUUCUUCAAGAAGCGCCAAAACAACGAGCCCAACAUCCAAAACUCCCUGAACUCUAAUGUGCGAGCUCAGGCGCAGGCGCAUGCCCAAGCCCAAGCCAUGAUGAAUAUGCAGGCUCAGAUGGGCCGUGGCAUGCUGCCUCAGCAAGGCUUCCAGCAAAUGCAGCCUGGUAUGCCCGGCGCGCAGAUGCCCGCACAGCAGCAGCAGCAGUUCCUGCAACAGCAACAACAAAUGAUGAUGAUGCAGGGCCAAGCUGGACGCGGUGCCAUGAUGCAAAACCAGCCUGGCAUGAUGAUGCAAACUGGACAGCCAAUGGGACAGGGCAUUCCGACUGACAUGUCUAAACUCGGACCGGCUGAUAAGUCUAAGCUUAUGGAAUAUGCUGCCAAACUAAUGUCAGAAGCCACGGAACAACAGAAGAACAACGCACGAUUGCAGCUUCGCCAACGGCUACGACCGCAACAGCUAGCUGAACUCCAAGCGCAAGGAAAGGAUCCUUUGCUUUGGUUUUAUCAGAACCAAGCAUUCCAACAAUUGCGCCAAGGACGUUUACAGCAACAGCAGCAGCAACAGCAGCAACAACCUCCACAAUCACAGCAGCAGCAGCAGCAGCAGCAACAAAACUCCAACCAAGCUCAAGCUGCUAUGAUGCAACAUCAACAGAGCCAGCAAUCUCUUCAGCAACGCCAGGCAAUGAUGGGUAAUGCACAGGCUAAUGGUCCCAAUGCUGAUUUCUCCCAGUUCACAAAUAUGGAGAGUAUAAAAGACCAACAACUCAACGGCUAUAUGGCACAGCAGGCUGGCCAAAUGGUUGUUCCUGCUAGCGGUGGCGGUCCCAGAAAUGCGACUCCGCAGCCUGGAAACCAAAAUAUGAACCAAGCUGGUCAGAACCAGACACCAAGACCGCCGCCGCAGCAGCAGCAACAACAACAGCCCCAAGGACAGCAAGGCAUGAACAUGCAGCAGCAGAUGAAGAUGGGCCAAAACCAAAACCAGAUGCAAAUGCAAAAUCAGGCACAAAUGAAGCAGAUGCAAGGGCAAGGCGGCCAGAUGAACAAUGCCAUGGCUGCAUCCCUCGGCCAGGGAAUGAACCCUGCUGCUCGCCAGAACCCUCAAAUGGCUGCUGGUCAAGGAGUUGCUGGCCAAUUCGGCAACCAACAGCUGAACCAAGCUGGUGCACGACCGGCAAAUGCUGCCUUCCAAGCUAUGCUGGCCACUAUGACUCCUGAGCAACGCCAGCAUCUCAGUUCCAUGCCACCGGACAAAAUCGCAGAAACAAUUCGCAGAUGGCAACUCUCGCGACAGCAUGCUGCACAGCAACAGCAACAGCAACAGCAGCAGCAACAAAUGCAAGUGAAUGCGACGCAGAUGAACCAGACAGGCAUGACCAAUGGCCAACCUAACCAGUUUCAGCAAAUGGGCCCCAAUAUGGCUGGCGGCAUGCCGCAGAACAUGCAGCAAGUUGGCAACAUGGCCAACCCUGGUGGUCAACAACCGAUGGCGGGUCGCGUGUCCCUACAAGGCGCGCAAGUUCAAGCCAUGAUGGAUGCAAUGGAGAUAGCGCCUCCAAUUUUGCAACAAAUGGCUUCACAACUGCCUCCAGAGGUUAAGAAGUGGCGUGACUUGAAGAUCUGGCUCAGUCAAAGUCAGGUGCCUCUCCAUGUCAAGACCCAGCUAGGCCAGCUCCAGCAAAAGCAGUUCCAGGUCGUUAUGCAGCGACGAAUAGCACAACAAGGUCAGGCGCCCCAACAACCUGGACAACCAGGUCAACAACCUCAGCAACAGCUACCCCAGCAGCAGCAAUCGCAGCAGCCGCAGGCACAGCAGUCUCUUGGACAGAACCAGCAGCAACAAGCCGGGCAGCAAGGUCCCCAGCCAGGCAAUCUUGUUCCGCAGCAGCAAUCGCAGCAGCAGCCGCAACAACAACAGCCACAACAGCAGCCGCAAGGGCAGGGUAUGGGUAAUACGGGACCAAUGGGCGCACCACAGCUAUCACCUCAGCAAAUGGCUGUGAUGCAGCGUAUCAUGGCCAGCGCACCGCCUCAAGUCUCACAAGUCACUCCGGAGGAAAUGCUCACGCUGCGCCAACGACCCCAUCUUGCCAAUAUGCCAGAUGAGCAGCUACGACCGAUGAUGAUCCAGAUGAAGCGCAAUGCAUGGGCUCGAAGCCAGAUGCAGGCGCAAGCCCAGUCGCAGCGCAUGCGAAACCAAGCUGCUGGCCAAGGUGCUGCUCUUGGGCCGCAGGCGGCCUUCAACCAGAUUCCUGAUGGUCAGGCCAAUAACAACAACGUGCAACAGCAGGUACCACAGCCACCAACUCAACCGUCACAGACGCCGGCUAAGACGCCGACGCCCACUCAGGCACCAAAUCGUGCACCUCAGCAGAAGAACAACACCCCGAGCCAAGAUGCUGCCAAGGCCAAACAAGCUCCAAAGAACCUCAAGCGCCCAAGUACGGACGACCUUGACGAUGGCAGUAAUGCAGCAGCAGGUGGUGCCAAGUCUAUGCAGCAACCCUUCAAGGAGCUAUCGGCAGAGCAAGUUGCCGCUUUGUCUCCCGAAGACCGUGCCCGAUAUGAGAUGCUGCUGAAGAACCAGCUAGCAAGACACGCAUCCACGGCCCAAUUCGACCAAGAAGUUGUAAAGCGACUCAAGAUGAUUGGCAAUGAGGAGCAGCGUAGCUUUUCUCAAGAUUCACUGGCUCGCAUCGCCAUGUCGAAUGAGGAGCUUGCCGAAACCGGCGCCAAGUUGCAGAAGGCAGGCUUUGAGAUGAAACGAUUGGGACGGGUGCUUUUGCGCUGGUAUUCGAUUGCUCGAGAUGAUGGCCGCGCUCGCAUGUUUUUCAAGACGCGAUUGCGACUUUUGCGCCAGUUCAAGGACGGCGAUGCCAUGACAAUCUUGGAAGAUACCUUUAGUAUGCGAAGCGGCGAGAUUGACCAGCUGCGUGCUAUGCUGGAUAGCAUGGCCCGCGACUUGGCUGUGGAUGCGAUGAACAAGAACGCCGCCAAUGGUCAGACUCAAGCCUUGCAGACUGGCCAAGCUCCCGGAUUGGACCAGUCCGGGGAAUCGCCAACCAAACCUGCCCAGCACAAGGGCUCCAAGUCCAACGAAGCGCCACCAGCCCCGACAUCUUCGCAGCCCCCUGUGCAGAUUGGCGUUCCCUCUCCACAUGGCAACCCCAACUACAUGAACAAGGCCAAGGAGAUGCAGCUGCAGAUUCCUGCGUCGCGCAAGAAGCAAAAGACGGCACAGCAAACCGGAGCCGCUACUGGUACACCUUCGCCCAAGGUUGGCAACGCCGCAUCGCCCGACCUUAAGCGUGCCGAACCUCCCAAGCCUACAUUCUUGUGCAAGGAAGCAGACUGCGAUAUGCCCACUACUGGCUUCCCCACAGAGCAGGCGUUGCAACUGCACGUUGAGGAAGAGCACACCAAGCCGCGAGAGAACCCUCUUAGGUUCCUGCAGGAGAAUCUCGCCCUUGUCCUGGGCUUGGAACCUGACGGCACUUCCAAGAAGGACAAGACCGGUGCUGCUGCAAUGAGCACGUCAAACUCCAAACAAGGACAGACCCCAGGUGCCUUUGUAGGCACACCAAUGGGCACGGGCAUGAAGCGAAGUGCCAGCACAGCCAGCAAGACGACCACGACUGGAAAGGCUGUCGCAUUGCCGCCACGGGCGGCCAGCGCAGAUCCCUGGGCUGGAUCCGUUAUUGAUAGACAAGUACUGCUCUGCAACUUGGGCUAUGAGAAGGGCCUGCCAAGCCUGCUGAACGACAUUAACUUGUACCUAUCGAACUCGCCAAACGACACACCCGAGUCCAGCAAGUCUAGCGAGCCUACGAGUGAGCUCUCUGACGGAGUCCCCGUCGAGCUCGACAUGAACUGGCAAAACUUUGACACGGACAUGAUGCUCAACCUGGACAGCGCCGGCCUGAACUCUCUGAAUGGCACUGGUGACACACUGGACCCGUCGUUUCUGUUGAACUCAACUGGUGGUGCCGGACCCGACUGGAACAGCAUGAGCGUUGAUUUCUCCAAGCCGUUCCAGCUAGACACGAGUCUAUUUUCCAUGGAGGCGCUAUAAGACGAGAAGCAGGCAACUGCGCAUUGAAUUCUUUUUUGGAGCUUUGCUGGCCUUGAUAUUCUUUGUUUGUCUUCUUCAUCUUUAUCGUCAUCAUCAUCUCUUCUUUUUUUCACGUCAUUUUUCUUAUUUGAUACAUUAUUUGCAGGCCUGGUGGAAUGGCCCCUAGGAUAUAUAUACCCUGGUUUUUCUUUUUUCUUCACGAUGUUACGCAUACUCUGAGUGCAUCUAUCUUCUGUUCUUCUGGGAGCUGCGCUGACAUUUGGCCUUUUGUUUUUCAUGCUAUCUGGAUUUGUUUUGCGGUUUUCUUAUUCUUCACGGCCGUUUUUGUUUCGAUUACUAUUGGGAGAAGGAUUCGGGGAGGGAAUGGGAAGUUAAAAGGAGCAAAGCCAUGGAGCGCCUACAGAAUGUACAUGUCUACUUGGCUUCCAGCUUUGGGUACUCUACUCUUGGCUGUUAAGCAAGAAUGGCUUUCUGCGGUGGCGAUGGGGAACGGAUGGAAGAGGCGGUGUUUUGUACUGGUAGUAGUGGAAUAGCUUUGUUUUUUAUUUCGUUUUUGGGCGCGGAAGCAAUCUAAAAAGAAGAGCGUAUGGAUACAAAAGCCAGGCGCCUUUGUGGUUUUGUUUUUCUUUACUAUUUCAUCUUGGGAAAGCGAAUUUGAUUGACUUUUUUGGUAUUCCUUCUGUGCGCAUGUGGUUCUACUGUUGCUGCUUCUGUAUGUCUCCGUGUGUCUGUGUGACUGUUGUCUUUUUAUUUAUUUAUAUUUAUAUUUAUUAUUAUUUUCAAUAGAACACUGCUAUUCGUCCCAUAGAUACACCUUUUUCGUCCGUUGUCAGCCUAC